ACAAAAGGUACCACGAUGGCCAGCAACAACGAGCUCCUGCUGCGGACGUUCCCGCCGACGCCACCGCCCAUGGCCCCGACCUCGACAGCGUCCACGCCAUCGCCACUGCCGACCGCGAUCGAGAGCACGGAUGACUUCCUCCUCGACCUGCCCUCGAUCAACAAGCUGCUGCUCUCUGAGACGUCGUCGACCGAGAGCGACAAGGAGACGCCGACAACCAAGGCGGCAACCGUCGUCACCGCCAACGAAGACCCGUACAGUCGCCAGCACCGGUACCGGAAGCGGCAGAAGGACGAGCGCCAAUUCCUGCGCGACCAAGUGCAAUCGCUCACCACGCAGCUCCGGCAACUACGCGACGUCAAGACGGUCGAGCUCGCGUCGAGUUCCGAGUGGCAAAAGAUUGCGCGCACGCAGCGAGUCCACGCCCACCAAGCGACAUUGGAAAACACGCGGCUCAAGCGCGCGCUCGAGGACCAGCUCAAGCUCGCCAACACGCUCGACCAGCUCCUCGUGAAGCGCCCGCGCCUGCUCAAGUUUCCGACGCUGGACGUGGUCGACUGGAAAUUCCGCAAAAUGCCAGCCGACCCGAGCGCCCGCGAAGCCUCGUUCCACGCGAUGAUCGACUACGCGCACAGCCAGGUCGAGUCGAUCCUAUUGCAGAAAGGUCUUCGCGACGCAACGGACGGGCACCACGCCAUCAAUAUCACAACGUCGGACCGUGACGACUGCAUCGUCAUCGAUGUACAGAGUGUCCGCGUUUUGGACGUCGACUUUCUCGAGAAUGCCAACAAGUGCUGGAGUCUGUGGUGCGAGCCUGAAGUUACCACGACGGCCAAAAUCCCCACCGUCAACAUCAAGGUCCUCGAUCGCUUUGGCCCGAACGCAGCGUACCUCCAAAACAUUGGGUCGUUUGGGGACGAGAAGCCCUAUCUCUUUAUGCUCAGCGCCGUAAAGCGCUACGUCGAGAAGGACCGCGCGGUCAUUGUCAUGCGCACGGUGCUUGAAGACGCUCUGCACCCGCCGCCACCGGGCCUUUUCAUCGGCAACCACACCUCCUUCUGCCUCUUGGAGCGCCUCGAGAAUGGCAAGUGUCGUCGCACAAUGUGCAUGCUUGGGCAGCUGCCGAUCCAAGCACCUGGCAGCGGCCCGUUGGCUGACGAGCCGCCCAUGAUGGUUUGCGAUUAUGUAUUGAGUCAUACAACGCAAACAUCCCACCUUAUUGAGGAUAUUCUCGGCGAAUAAGUCAAGCAAAUGUGAACUUUCUACUGUGGACCACCA